UCCAAUCCCAAUGAAUGUUACAACGUCUUUCGUGGUGUCAAGGGCAUCCGUUUCACAGCCAAAGAAGGCCAAACUGUGCGCUUCGGCCAGUUCACCUCUGCCUCCCUAAAGAAGGACGCUGCGGAGGACUUUGGCAAGGAUACCUUCUUUGUGAUUAACACCUGCUAUGGUGUCCCAAUCAAUCCGCUGUCCUACUUCCCUGACGAGCAGGAAGUCCUCAUCCCACCCUUUGAAGUCUUUGAGGUCAUCAAGAUCUCCCAUAGCAAUGGCAACAACCAAAUCGAACUCCGCUAUAAAGAGAAGAAGAGCAACCACAACUGUGAGCUUCUAAAGCGUCAGGGCAGGCAGUGCAGUUGGGGCCACCAGGAGGUGGGGUUGGGGCUCAGCCCUGAGCUGGCUCUGCCCUACCUGUCCUGUCCCAGACGUGUCCGAGGGGGAUCGGGGCACAGAGAGCAUGACCCCAUCCCAGCAGCUCUGUAAGGGGACGGGGAGUGCGGAGGUGAAGGGAACAUCUCUGUUUGUGGGGGGGUGGGGACAUGGGGAGAUGGGGAGAAGGGGCGAUGGGGGUGCGGGUUUGGAGAUGGGAAGCUCGAGCAGCUUAGAGCUCUGUGAAGCUGCGGGGCUGUACAGGGGCAGGGCAGCAGCAGAAACCAAGCG